AUGCUGUCAUCGGCUGCUCUCACGGCCGCUCGUCGCGUGCUCACCAGCACCGGCGCAGCAGCUCCAUUGCGCCAAUCCGUCGGUCUUGCAGCUCGCGCACUCGUCCUGCGCCCUGCCGCACCCUCGUUGCGACUGAUCAGCGACUCAGCGCCUAUGCGCGCGGCCGCAGCGAAGGCGACCAAGUCCAAGUCAACAAAGAGCUCCACCAAGAAACCGGCCAGCAAAAAGCCCAAGGCUAAGAAGCCGGUUAAGAAGAAGGCCGUCAAGAAGCCAAAGAAGACACCAAGGAAGAAGGUGUUGACGGACGAACAGAAGGACAAGCUCGAGAUUAAGAGGCUGAGACAGAUGGCGCUGAAGGGACCAACUGCGCUUCCGGAAACAGCAUGGAACGUGUUCACAGUCGACAACCGUAUGGCAUCAAUCGGGCACUGUAACAAGAUUGCCAAUCAAGAGGCGAAGAAGAAAUGGAUCGAGUCUUUCCCUCCCGAGGCAAUCCACGCUGCCAACCUGGCUCGUCGUCGCCUGGCUCGCAAAACAGACAAAUCUAGAACCUACCUCAUUCAUGACGAGCGCAUUCCUCAGCGCACUGGAUCUGGCUUCACAUUUUUCAUCAAGGAGCACUUCAAUGACAAUGAAGGUUCACCCAAGGAUGCUAUGCGCAACCUGAGCGAACGCUGGAAGGCUCUGAGCAAUGAGGAGAAGGCCCCUUACCUGAAAAAAGCUGCUGACAUCGCCGAGGUAUCGGGAGCGCAGCUGAAGGAGUUGAGGGAGAAGGGCGCCAAGUACUGGAAGGAAAAGCUUGCUUCAGCCAAGGAGUAA